AGAGGACUGGCGUGUUGGCUAGAGUCGACCGUAAGCUGGCUGCUUAUAUAAAUAGGUGAAGAGGGGCAACAGGCACCUCUUGCACUUUCUUGCGGAGUCGGAGCGCGACAGAACGGCCAGUCCUUGUCGAGCGCCAUGGCUCGCCACGCGUACGUCUGUCUUGGGCUACUGCUGCUCACAUAUACGGUGAUAGGUGAAACGAGAGUAAAACGACAAGAAGAUGAUAAUGGUGCUGAUGAAGUGAACCCGGAACAACUUUGCGACGGGCGUCCCGCUGACGAGUACUUCCGGCUGUCCACCGAAGGCGAUUGCCGUGACGUUGUCAGGUGCGACAAAGGUGCUGAAAAUGGCGUGACCCGACUCGCUUCCGUGAAGUGUCCCGGCGGCCUGGCAUUCGAUAUCGACCGUCAGACCUGUGAUUGGAAAACACAUGUUAAGAAUUGUGAUAAAUUAGAAAAACCAAGAAAAAUAUUACCUAUUCUAAAGACAGACGAGCCAAUUUGCCCCGAAGGCAAGUUAGCCUGCGGCAGCGGUGACUGCAUUGAGAAAGAACUGUUUUGUAACGGAAAACCUGACUGUAAAGAUGAGUCUGACGAGAACGCCUGCACUGUCGACGUGGAUCCCAACAGAGCGCCGGAUUGCGAUCCCAACCAAUGUGUUCUCCCCGACUGCUUCUGUUCUGCCGACGGAACUCGCAUCCCCGGUGGAAUCGAACCCAACCAAGUACCCCAGAUGAUAACGAUCACAUUCAACGGUGCCGUCAACGUGGACAACAUUGACUUGUACGAGCAAAUAUUUAACGGCAACCGCCACAACCCCAACGGUUGUCAAGUGCGUGGUACAUUUUUCGUUUCCCACAAGUACUCAAACUAUGCCGCUAUUCAAGAAUUACACCGCAAAGGCCACGAAAUUGCCGUUUUCUCAAUCACUCACAAGGAUGAUCCACAGUACUGGACAAGUGGAACUUAUGACGAUUGGUUAGCUGAAAUGGCCGGUGCUCGUCUCAUCGUCGAACGCUUUGCUAAUAUUACCGAUGCCUCCAUCAUUGGCGUGCGCGCUCCAUACCUGCGAGUCGGAGGUAACAAACAAUUUGAAAUGAUGGCCGACCAAUACUUCGUUUACGACGCUUCCAUCACAGCUCCCCUUGGACGUGUCCCGAUUUGGCCUUACACUCUCUACUUCCGUAUGCCACACAAGUGUAACGGAAACGCUCACAAUUGUCCUUCAAGAAGCCACCCGGUAUGGGAAAUGGUCAUGAAUGAAUUGGACAGGCGUGAUGACCCAACCUUCGACGAAUCUCUUCCUGGAUGUCACGUAGUAGACUCGUGUUCCAACAUUCAAACUGGUGACCAAUUCGCGCGUCUUCUUCGCCACAACUUUAACCGCCACUACACGACCAACCGUGCCCCUCUAGGUCUUCACUUCCACGCAUCCUGGCUGAAAUCUAAGAAGGAAUUCAGAGAUGAACUCAUUAAAUUCAUGGAAGAAAUGCUUGAAAAGAACGAUGUCUACUUCACUUCUCAAAUCCAAGUAAUUCAAUGGAUGCAAAACCCAACUGAGCUAUCGUCGCUCAGAGAUUUCCAGGAAUGGAAGCAAGAUAAAUGCGAUGUUAAAGGACAACCUUUCUGUUCUCUGCCAAACGCAUGUCCGUUGACAACGAGGGAAUUACCUGGAGAGACACUGCGUCUCUUCACUUGUAUGGAGUGUCCGAAUAACUACCCUUGGAUCUUAGAUCCAACGGGUGAAGGGUUCAAUGUUAAGAAGUGAUCUCUUAAUUUAAAGUGAAGAAAAGACUGUGAGCAAUAUGUAAAUAAUACUCAAUAAUAUUAUUAAAUACAAUAAUUAUGUCUUAUAUGUAAUCGUAGGACGAAAACACCAAAUCGAGGUACCUAGUAUUGUUGAUAAAAAAUUAUCUUAUUAUCUAUUUAUAAAAUUAUCUCGAGGUGUUUGAUAGAUACAUUGAUGAAUCUGAGGCAUGAGCCACUUUACUGUACACUACAAAGAGACAAUGUUUUGUUUCAAUAAAUGUAAUUUAGGUUGUUACAAUUUUAUGAACAAUAAUAAAAAUAAAAAUUCA